GAGAGUGAUAAUUCACGAUUAUUUCUUAGUUUCAAAAGAAUAAAUUGGUAAACAACAUGAGUAAACUUGUUGUUUGCAUUGCGAUAGUGUUGUGCAGGCCGUUUUGUAUAUUUGCAGCAGUAAAAAAGUGUUAUUGCUGAUUUUAAAUAUUAUAAAUAAGGACACAGUGAUUACUCGAUUUUAUCACCCCCUCUGCGCAUCAUACUUAUAACUCUCAGUGAUAACAUAUAACCGUAAUUUUAAAAACUUUCUUAUUCUUCUUAAAGAUGGAUGUUUAAGGUGCACUUUGGUGCAAUUACACGACUGGACAAGCGCAUGGUUUUAAAUGAUUUUCAAAAAACGGGGCUGAUUAAAUCUAAUUAUUACUGUACACAUCAACUGAUUCAAACAUAAGCUUUUGCAUAAGCUAACACCCUGCAAAUAAUCGAGAAAUGAUCUCAAUUCCUUAACUCUGUUACACGGAAAUUCUCUGGGGUCUGUCCAAUGUGAGACAUUUUCAUGUUUCUUUUUAUUUCCAAUAUGAACAUAGCAUUUUUCGUUGUCAAAUCAUAAACGAAUCGUAUAUAUGUGAGUAAUUGCAAUGUAUACCGGAUAUUCUAGGAUCUACAAAUCAUCCUAGAGUUCAGUUUAUUUGUUCUACUAUAUCAACCAAGACUGUAAUAUAAUGUCUGUAGUAUCGAAAUAUGUCCAAGCAGAUUCAAAGUGUCUGAUUGUACCUGACCUAUUGCAACGUAUACAAGAUGUUAUAGGUUCUGAAAUCAUAUUGGAGAUCAGAAUAUUUUUCUACUAAAUCACCCAAGACUAAUUGACUAUUUUGUUCGACAAUUUUCCACAGAGAUGGCGCUGUUCCGCUGGUAGGAAGUGAUUAAAAUCCCCAUAUAGAAAUUGAGAGAAGUGGGAAUAAUUCGCUUUCGGUGCAUAUUCAGGUCAAAAAAAGUGAACGACAACCUAAAGAAAUUUAUUAGAGAAUUUGCCGUUCAGUUUUUUCCCGGAAAUUAUAGUUAAUCAAGCUACAAUUAAUUAAAAAUGAUUUUUCCCCAUACAAUUUUACCCGCUUUACUACCAGUCUCCAGAGAGCCAAAAAAUUCAAAUUUGCCAUGCUGGAGGCGACUGUGUCUAUACAUUUUUCGGGUUGGAAAAUUUCUCUACUUCCUUGGGCAUAGGAUGGUACAGGCAUAUAAAGCUCUCAAUUAAAAUGUGAAAGUACUUCAAAGAUUACUAAGUUGAAAGCUGACAAAAAUCUAAUAUGCUAUAAGCCAAUAAGCUUGAAAUGCCAUGUAGUAGUAUACAAAUGGUAGUUUUAGGCAAUGAAAACAGUUUUUGUUGUCGCGGAUUAGUAUUUGAAGUCGUGGAUUUAUUUUGAGAAAUCGCGGAUUUCGCGGAUCAAAUUUAGAAAAUCUUGUAACAGCCCUGCAAUUAUUUAAACCACCUUUAAGUUAAAAUUAAAACCAUUAGGCUGCAUAGCCACCAGUCAUAUAAAAUAAUUAUAAUAGUUAUGGUGGUUGGUUGGUGGAUGGUUUUUUUAAUUGUAUGGUAUAUUUAUGAACAAUUCAUUACCUUUUGAUUGAAGGUUUCGAUUAUAUAUUGGAUACAUUAUCAUGUGUUCAGGAUGCAUAACAGGCUGUACAAAACAAGAUAAACUUGUGCCUUUAAAGUAUGAUAUUUAAUUUAAUAUUACCAAACCAAGCAGCUCAAUAUCUAUUCCACUAGUAGCUCAAUACAAGAUCAAUUUAUUAUAUGCUAUAAAGUUACACGAUGUGAAAUCUAUAUAAUAGAUUUUUAUUUUGUUAAUUAUUGUGGACUGAGUAUUUAUCUUCAAGAAAAGCAGUUUUAUAUUUUGGCAUCGGUUCCUGUUCCACAUUUUUUCCUUAUAUACCCUCGAUUCACAUAGUGAGUGUUGCAACUGUCAAUGUUAUUCUGUGGUAAAUUAUGUUCAAAAGUAAUGUUCUCAUCGCGUCUUCUUUGGCAAGAAUUCAACACCACCCGCGUUAUUCCGGUGCAAAACUCAUCACGUCCUGCUCAAGAAGAACCAAACGUCGAUAGUGUUACUGUGACACAUGAUGCAUUUCGUGAUUCUAAAAUUCCCUCGCCGUGUCCCACGCAAGAAGAAGUCAACGAUGGGAUCUUGGAUGAAAACGUUUGCGAUGGUGUCCAUGAUGAUAUGAUUAUUUCGCUGCGUUCGACUCAAGGAGAACCCAAUUUCGAUCGUGCUGACCGGGAGUUCAAGAAACGUUUUAUGGAAAACGAUUUCGGUUAUGCAUGUGACGUGUGUGCAAGAAUUUGGUUUAGGAAUGAUCUGAAGCCAAUAACUACUGCCGAUGCUACCGUUUUGCUGGUGACGAACUAUUUUGAAACUGUGGAAGGAUUCUUAGCAUGUCUAACUUGCCGAAGCAGCCUGAAACGUGGAUCGAUUCCUACUUUAUCGCAAACGAACGGCUUUACAUAUCCCAACUUUCCGUCAAAUCUGCCUCCACUAGAUCCGUUGACCACGAGACUGGUUUCACCGAGAGUCAAUUUCAUGCAACUUCGCCGUUUGCGUCAUGCAGCAGGUUUGUAGAAUGACGUUUAGUUAAUCUUUCAUUGAUAAACUCAAUUUAUUUUUGUGAAACAGGUAGUUUGAAGAUUAUUGGCCAGAUAAUCAAUGUUCCAGUGGAUGUGAACCAGAUGGUGAGUGAGCUUCCCCGUCAGCUGGAUGAUGAUUAUGCGUUCAAUGUGUGUAUCAAGAAACACAUGAUCCAUAAGUCUAGUUAUCUGUCCGGAUACGUAAAGAAAGGAACAGUUAAGGCAUGGCUGAACUUCCUUGUCAACACACCGUUGUACAGACGAAACGGCAUUGUUUUCAACGAAGAUAAUUUGACGUCUAUCGGACCAGCACAGCAACCUGCUACAUCCCCGGUUGUGAGAGCUUCGAUUGAACUAGAGGCAAUUGACGCGUCGAACGAGGUUGAGCUGCUCAUUGGCCAACAGCAUACGCUUUUGUGGAAUGAGGACAAGUGUCUCGAAAUCGCGCCGGGACAAAAUCGAACACCGCUAUCCAUCAUUUACGAUGAGUUUGCUGAGGAGUUGUCUUUCCCAGAUAUUUACCUGGGUCAUCCAAGAACCUUCAAUCCUGAAGUUCACGUAACACCAUUUAUGAUGGCUACCAGCGAAAUAAGACGCCGUGAUCGACGAGGGGCAAAACCCGACCAUGUUCUGUACAUGGCGAUGAAGAUAAUGCGUUUGCGAGUUUCUGAAGGUUUGAGAAACACUUUCAAAUGCAUGGGUACAGCCAAUAUUACGCGAGCCCAGUUGCAAGAUAGAGAAUUUCUGGAGACAUGCAUCGAGCGUAACCUGUCGUUCCUUAAAUCCAUCCCUAACUCGAUGCAGUACUGGCAGCAAAGAAAACGUGAUGUUUUUGCAAUGAUCCGUCAGUUGGGGAAGCCAACUAUGUUUCUCACAUUAAGCGCAAGUGAAAUUCGAUGGCCACAUUUGCUAGCCAUACUGCACAAACUAUCGGGAAGGUGCAAUAAUGCUGGUGUUGUAGAUUUCAUGCAACAAUUAACUGCAUUACAACGGGCUACGCUUGUAAGCGAAGAUCCUGUAACAUGCUGCGCAUACUUCCAUAAAUUGGUCAAUGUGAUUAUACAGCUGCUUUCGUCUACAAGAUACAGCCCGUUUGGGAAAUACUAUGUUGUUGAUUACUUUAAACGCAUAGAGUUCCAACAUCGCGGAAGUCCCCACGCUCACAUUCUUCUCUGGUUGGCUAACGAUCCUCGUGAAGACAUGUCGGAGAAUAUGCCUGCGACUGUUGAUCUGAUCGAUUUCCUCUGCUCCGUUAGUGUUGAAGACUUACCUGAGACUUAUGGCAAUCAGGUACAUGAAGAUUACAUAUAUUUCGACGAGUGAUUACAAUUGAAUUUCAAUACUUCUAGGUUCAUAAGCAUACGUUUACUUGCUUCAAACGUAAUGAUAAGCGAUGCCGGUUCAAUAUACCAUACUGGCCGAUGGAUCAGACUAGAAUAUUAAUCCCAAUUGCGGCAGGUGAUGGCCGCCUCGACCAGUUGAGCAGACUAGCUAUCAAAAUGCGAGAAACUCUUGAAUCAAAGGUUUUCGAAAACCUAGAAGCGUUCCUUGUGGAAUGCAACUGCACUUACGAGUAUUACCUCGAUGUGAUCCGUUCAUCCAUUCGCCGACCCACAGUUAUGCUGAAACGUUUAAUGACGCAACUCUGGACCAAUCCUUUCAACCCUUGGAUCGCGAAGAUCCUCCGCUCCAACAUGGAUUUGCAGUUUAUCUUAGAAGAGUUCUCAUGUGCUGCUUAUGUCGUAGAAUAUGUGAAUAAAACGAACAGGGGCAUAAGCAGUUUACACCGUGAACUAAUAAAACUUCAAGAAGAGCAUCCAGACCAGGACUAUAAUGGAUUGCUGAAGAAGGUCAGCAUUAAAAUGCUUAACAGCGUUGAAAUGUCUGCCCAGGAAGCUGCAUGGUAUUUGCUUCGGCAACCGAUGUCGGAAGCUAGCCGUAAGGUACUGAUUUGUAGAUGAAAAAUUGUAUCAGUUGAGCAUAAUUAUCAUUUGUCGUAAUCUUAUAGGUGGAAUUCAUUCCAACAAUGUGGCCACAUGAGCGCAUUAAAUCCAGGAAACGGACGAAGCAAAUGGAUGAAGAAGGACUUGAAGAUGAUUCCACCGAUGUUUGGACCCUCAACAUGAUUCAACGAUAUGAGUCGCGUGUAGGGAUGGACGAAGUAUGUUUGGCGGAUUUUGCUGCACACUAUACGGAGGAAAGGAGCACGAUGAAUUUGUACAAGCCGCGAAGCUUACCUCGUGUAUUGCGUUGGUGCUCAUACAACAUGUCGGAACUGGUCGAGUACAAACGGGAGAUGGUACUGCUCUUCUUGCCAUUCAGGAAUGAAGUCUGCGAUAUACUCGAUAGAAAUAAGUUUCUUAAGUUGUAUGAAGACAACGAGACUGCCAUUCUCGCCAAACACAAAGAGUAUGACUGCGAGAUGAACCUGGAUCAGGUCGUGGAGGAAUAUCUUCGUCUUUCUAGUGUAGAUGACGAGCAGACGGAGGUUGCUAGCAAGAAGCGCGAUGAAUUCGUCCGCAUAAUCAGCAUGGAGCCAAAUGACGAUGACAUUCAUAACUUGCCCACUGGACCCUUGGCGGCAGUUGUCAAACAGCGCUCCAACGUUAUGUCGAAGCAGGAGUAUUGUGAGAUGGUACGUGCUACAAAUGCGGAGCAGCGUGAUUUGAUCCUGCAAGUCAUCCACAGCUUACACACCUUCGAUGAUAACAGCAAACCAUUGCAAAUUUUCUUCACUGGCCCGGCAGGCUGUGGUAAGACAUUCACAUUGCGAAUUCUUAUGGAGACAGUCAAUCGGUUCAGUCAGGCACACAACACGCAAAAUAAUGCAUAUGUAGCAUGUGCAUCGACUGGGAAGGCAGCUGUUGCGAUCGGUGGAACAACCGUUCACUCUGCGUUUCGGAUCACCAUGUCCCGCAGGCAAAGCUCAAAGCUGAGUUUUGAGGCGUUGCAACUGUAUCGCAAUGCUUUUGCAAACGUGAAAGCCAUCAUCAUCGAUGAAACCAGCAUGCUUGGUGCUAAUGUUCUCAACACCGUACACGUCCGGCUCCAGGAAAUCACAGGGAACUAUGAUGAUCCAUUCGGUGGAAUGCGAAUUGUAUUUUGCGGUGAUCUUCGGCAGUUACCUCCAGUGAAUGCACGGCCAGUAUUCAAACCAAGUGCGAAUUCAAUGCACGGUGCCGUUUUAUGGCAAUCCCUCGAUUUCUACCCAUUGGUUCAGGUUAUGCGGCAAACAAACGUACAGUUUUCUACAAUCCUUACCAAAAUCGGUAACGGCGAACAGUUGUCCCCGGAAGAAAUCAGCCUAAUCGAAAGCAGAUUCCGUACACCAGAGUGGUGUCAGCAGCAUGUACCGCGUGCAAUUCGCUUAUUCCAUCGAAAUGUCGACGUGGAAUGCUACAAUUCCGUCGCAUUGAUCGAUCGAGAGACAAUCGAAUGUACGGCAGAUGAUGUAUAUUCAGGGUAUAAGGACAAUCCCCAGCUGGCAAGUGCUCGAACAAAGGUGCAUAAGAUGAGCGUAGUGGAGACUGGUUGCCUGCCCUAUUUACUGCGGCUUGCGGUGGGUACACCGUACAUGUUAACCACCAAUGUCGAUGUUGAAGAUGGAAUCGUCAAUGGCGCGAUUGGGGAGCUUAUGUUUGUCGAGCGUAACGAAGAUGAUCCUCUGCAGCAGAUCAUGAGGCUUUGGAUGAUGUUCGAGAAUAACUCCAUUGGGAAGACGUUGAGAGUGAAGGCCAGACCGAUGGUGUACUCAAAGCCCGGUGUUUUAAAAUCUGAGUGGACCCCCAUCGCCAGGAGAUCAGCAAACAUCAGCCUUAACGGUGGAGUUAAGUGCAAGAGAAUUCAAUUUCCGGUGGUGAGUGCAUGUGCCCUUACGGUACACAAGUCCCAAGGAGGCACGUUUGCAGAAGUUGUUUAUAAUUAUGAGAAAAGCCAGGAGCAACAACUGGUUUACGUUGGCCUUUCCAGGGUUACUUCCAUCGAAGGACUAUACUUGACGAACUCUAGCAAUGUUUUCAAGUUCCACCACGGAAAAAGCGCUACAACGCCGAGAAUUCGCGAUCUUCGAACAGAGCUUGAGCGUUUGAGCAAUCACCGUUUGCGCACCAUCGGAGAGGAUGUCAUGGAAGCCAUAAUGUUAAAGAGAUCAGCUUGUAUGCUGAUGAGUAUAAAUGUACAAAGCCUGAAUGCACACGCAUCAGAUAUUGCAACAGAUCGUGUUCUCUCCACCGUUGAUUUGCUUGCGUUGAGUGAAACUUGGCAAGACAACUGCACAAGCACAUCUAUAGCUGGAUUCGACUGCAUCACUCAAGAAAAACGUGACGGUACAAGAGCUGGAGGGGUAGCCAUCUUUCAGAACACUGCUGCAUCUACUAUGGCCGUUUCUCACGUCAUUGAUAAACUCAGUGCCAGCUACGAUGAGCUGUUGGAUGGAGCAGACGAGUACGGUGACAUCUGCGCUGUAGAAAUUUCAGUCAUGGGAGCUCGUACGAUGCUGUUUUCGUUGUAUAUUUCACCAGGUACUACUCUUAAGCAAAAGAAAUAUUUCUUAGCGCGUAACCUGGUAAUGUACAAUCGUGUCACAAUGCCCAUUGUUAUAACUGGGGAUUUCAACGUCGAUGUGUCGAAGCCUGAAAACUUUGAGUUUAUCGACUUCAUGAAAACGUACCUUUAUCUCGAUUUAGCCUCAGAUCGAAGUCAAGCCACUACUUUCGGUGGGUCGUGUCUAGAUCUUACCUUCAUUCGGAGCAUUCGGGUAGAAUGUAUAAGAUACUGUGCGUAUUUUUCAUACCACAGACCGAUACUCUCAGUGCUUGAGAUUUAACCACAGUAAGUGCAUUUUUAUAAACUGUGAUUCACCAUUACCAUAUAGCUAUUUCUUCCAGGACACGAAAGCGAUAACCACAUUUUUAUCAUUCCACAGUACAACCAAAAUCAAUAAUUUGGUAAAUAU